AUGGCACAAAACAGUUCUAGCAGCGUCCUUCUGACGUUCGAAGCCGACCGCGCCGCCUGGUCCUCGGCGGCCUGGACCCCUCUCACUGUCCCGGACGAGGCAGCUCCGGAUGCGACGAGGAUCCUUGGCUGGUGCAAGUCCUCCAUUCCGUAUCUCCCAAGUCAGCAACGGCCUCUGCCGCUGCAGACUCUGGACGUCUGGGUUCCUGCCAGGAAUGCUACGUCGUCCACGGCGCCGCCAGAGCCUUCUUCCCUCCCGGUCCCCAGUUGCGAGGACCAGGAAAAAGUCCUUGUGUGGAUUGUCUACAUCCACGGCGGCGCCUGGCGUGAUCCGACCAUCGAAGCGGACUCUUUUGGGCCUGCAGCAAAGGAAUUGCUCAAGAGAUUCACUCCUGCCACCAGCCGCAGCAGCAGCAAAAACGUCCUCGCCGGACUCGCAUCCCUUAACUACCGCCUCUCCCCCCACCCCAACCACCCGGCCCCCGACCGCCCAGACCGUAACGUCCGUCACCCCGAACAUCUCCGCGACGUCCUGACCGGCCUAUCAUUCCUCCAACGCGUUAUCUUCUCCUCGACUCCCACAGAAAACAUAGAAUUCAUCCUAACCGGCCACUCCUGCGGCGCAACUCUUUCCUUCCAAUCCAUCAUGUCCCCUCUUACACGCUUCUCCCUUCCCCCAAAUCUAUCCCUCUGCAAAAAGCCGAUGGCCAUUGUCGGUUUCAACGGGCUUUAUGAUCUUGCGGGGUUCAUCCACAAACCGCCGAAGGGAUGGGAGGGACAUGUCCCUCCCUACGAGGAAUUCACGCGCGGCGCGUUUGGAGAUGACGAGCGUGUUUGGAGGGCCGUGUGUCCGGCUAGUGCGGAAGGGGAUUGGCUUGGAGAGUGGUUAGAAGAGAAGAAGGGAGCCAAAGUGGUGCUGGGGAUAAGUAAACAGGAUUCGCUGGUGCCGAGGGAGCAGAUGGUGGUUAUGAGGGAGUGUUUGGAGAGGGAAAAGGAGAAGGGGAGGGGAGUGGAAGUGAGAGUUGUGGAGGGGGAUUGGGGGGAUCAUGAUGAGGUUUGGCAGAGUGGAUGGGGAAUGGCGGGGGUGCUUGGGGAUGUUGUGGAGGAGUUGUGA